UAAUUUGCAUGCAUCCCUUUUUUCUUUUGAAACUGAAUUGAUCACAUCCGUUCUCGGUAUAAACAUAGUGUUGCACUCAAUUUUAACACAGAUAAUAUGAUUCUUUAUAAUAUUGGGAAACAAAAGGUUUGGUCUUAAUAAUAUUGAUGUUAAUAUAGUUUUUUCUGUCGAAUAAUCAAAAACAGAAAAAAAAACGUUCAUUUUAUACAUAAAAGCGUAUUUGAUGAAAUGAUCACAUGCCAGUUGGGAUAUAGAAGGAAAAAAUUGAUGCAAUCAAGCAAAAGUCAACUAUGCGAAUAAUGCACCGGUUGAUAGGUUAAGACAUCUGCCAUGAUCGCUUAUAGCAUAGGCCUCCCCAUUUGAUGAGAGGAUUGAGCCGACGGCUAAACAAAGCAAUGCCUACCAUGUAGCUGGGGGCUAUCCUUAGCUCUGGCGUGGCUAAAAAAUGAUAUUCUCUAAAAAAUUGUUUUAUAAAAGUUGAUAGUGAUAUUUUUCUAAAAAAAUAUUUAUAGUUUAUUUCAAAUCGAGACUUUUAUUCAGAAUAAGUUUUGUUCUUUUUUCUUUUUGAAGUGACUUAAAGUUCUCUAAAAGUUGAUAGUGAUAUUUUCUAAAAAGAAUAUUCAUUGUUUGUCAUGUAAUUAUGUUUUCUUAAAUAUGUUUAUUUAAAAAAUGUAACUAUCAAUAAGUAAGGUCUACAUCUUUCAUAUAUUUUAAGAUAAUAUAGAUAUCGUAUUAUAAACCCUCAGUAGCAAAUUAAAAAAAAAUGAAAAUCAAACAAAAAGAGUGAAUAAAAUUUUUAAAAAGUCAACAAGUCCACAGAAACAGAGAUAUACCGGAAUAAACCGUUUCGGUUUAAGAUUAUCGGUUCUAAUUAUGGCUUUCCUUGGAGAAAACAGAGUCCUCCAAGAUGGAGAAGAAGAAGCAGAGAUCAGAGGUUUCGUCAACGGAAGCUGUUCUUCUCGAAGCUCUAGCUCCAGGCGUCAACGCUCCAACAUGGAACACUCUCAAAUUAUCGUUUCUUAUGCUGGGUCUCUGUCUCACUUUCAUGCUCUCCAUAGCCUUCACUAGUGGCCAAUCCAUGUUGCUUGUUCAUGUUGGCUUUCUCAUCGUAUAAACGUUCAUUUUAAUACAUCCAAACUUUUUCUUA